AUGCAAGACCCCCGAGCGGAAUCUUAUAUGGAACGUCACGAUUUAAAGAAUUUACUUAACGAACUCGAAGGUGGACUGCAACGUCACCAGCCAAACGAUCCCUUAGACUACAUUGUUGGUUGUGUAAGAUCGGUCCAACAGAUAAAGAGGGAGUCGAAGGAACCGCCUUCGUACUCAAAACUCUUUGAAGGAUAUGCCACUCAAGCUUACGAUUCAUCUAGUGUGGCUAGCAUUCAACGAGACGGUUCGACAACGCCUGGGCAUCCCAUAGCAAAUAGAAAACGUCAAAGGUCUGAAGAGGACUCAUUGUAUCCUUCCUUGAAUAAAAAAACGCAUGUCAUUUUCCUUCGUCAUUUCUUUAAACUUUCUGUUGAUUAUCAAUCUAGUAUGGAAAUCAGAACGCCUCCUUAUUUCACUGAUCAACAUGUUCCUCAUCGGCUUUCUGAUGAAGAUUCAUUUCAAUGGCGUCAAUGUUUACCUCCAUCGCCUCCGAAUUUUACUCGUUUUAUCCGUAAUUAUUCUAGUACCUUUGCAAGACGAGGUCGUCGUAAUUCUGUCAGUGCCGAAUCAAUCAGACCUUCAGACGAUCCUAAUGAUCGUACGAUUCAUCCAAAAUCCGAAGAGGUGAGAAAACGAAUCAACGUUGCUACUACCUUGAACUUGCUUUUCAAGUAUUUGGAUCGUGAAACUAAAGAACAAGUAAUAGAUGCCAUGUUUGAAAAAACUGUUCAAAAAAAUGAAAUUAUCAUUACCCAAGGUGAAGAAGGUGAUAAUUUUUACGUAAUCGAACAUGGCAUAUUUGAAAUUUUUGUCGAUGAUAAAUUAGUUCUGGUAGUCGCUGACGGUGGUAGUUUUGGUGAACUGGCAUUAAUGUAUAAUAAUCCUAGAGCCGCUACUGUUAAAGCAAAAACUGAUGGUAUUUUAUGGGCUGUAAGCAGAGAUGACUUUAGGAGAACUAUUACAAAUGCCAUGAAUCGUCAACGAAAAACUUACGAAAAUUUUAUAAAAUCGGUUUCGUUUCUUUCUUCUUUAAAUAAAUCCGAGAUUACCAAACUCGCCGAAGCUUUGGAACCCUUCAAUUAUGAAGGUGGUGAUACGAUCAUCACUCAAGGCGAACCUGGUGAAUAUUUUUACAUCAUCGAACAAGGUUGUGUGAAUGUAUGUAAAGUCGAAGACAAUGGUAUCGAGCAACAGUUACCAAACCUUGGUCCGGGAAAUUAUUUCGGGGAACUCGCUCUCCUUAAUGAUCAACCUCGUAAAGCCACUGUUGUUGCACGAGGCCCUGUUCGAGUCGCCGCCUUAAAACGUGAUGCUUUCGUUCGUCUUUUGGGUUCUGUUAUGGAUAUUUUCCGUAGAAAUGCCCAAGGAUACAAUAUGAAUACUGAAAGUAGUAGUUAUUCUACUCAAUAUGAUAAGUCUUACUCUCCGGUUCCCGAACGUUCGGAUCCAACUUCAGGAGAAAAUAGCAUACAAAGUCACGGUAGUGGUGACGAAAGUAUGGCUGUGGAUGCUAUGGAUGAAGAUUAUACUUCACCUCCCACUACCAAUUCAACACAUACCACUGGUAAAAAAUGUGGAUACAGUGGAGCUGGUGGUGUUGAUGUGUUGUAA